AGAUUUGAUUUGCUUUGUUCCAGAGUUCGAUGUGGGCGGUGAAGGUAGUUUUUCUGGGGUUUUCGGCCCUCUUGGUCACUGUGGAGCUGAUCAGCAGGUUCCUUCAUUGCCGAAAGCCCAGAAGAACCACAAAUGAGGUCCUUUUCUUCCCCUCAAAAGAGGUCUGCGUGGAGCGCCUCUUCAGACCCUCCCUGCCUGAUUCAUGCACGUGCCCGCUGCCUCACGGCAUCGAGACGUCUUUCUCCCUCCUUCUCCGCCACAUCCUGUCUGCCUCCUCCUCCAUGGACUUGUGUAUUUUCGCGUUUUCCAACGUGAGCCUGUGCCGAGCUGUUCUGGAGCUGCAUCGCAGGGGCGUGAUCAUCCGAGUCCUCAGUGACAAGGACUACGCCGCCAUCAACGGCUCCCAGAUAGGCGUCCUGCGCCGGGCCGGGAUCUGCGUGCGCUGCGACUGCAACUCUACCUACAUGCACCACAAGUUUGCAGUGGUGGACAAGCGGCUGCUCAUCACCGGCUCCCUCAACUGGACGCUGUCAGCAGUGCAUAACAACAUGGAGAACAUUAUUGUGACGGACGAGCCUGACCUGGUGCAACCCUUCAUCGGGGAGUUCAACAGGUUGUGGGAACACAAUAAUAAAGCCAAGUACCUGGACUCCAGUGAUCAGAAACCCGCUCAAAAACACUGA